CAAUGUUAAUGUACAGAUAUGACCACUUAUAUUGAUAUUAUCAUUCGAGAUAUUGUCUACUCCAGAGCAUUCAACCACAGCUUUGACUUAGGUGAUCGAGUUCAUACUCUGACUUAGGUCUACGUCCAACCAGAUACCAUGUUGAUACAGCUGGUUAAAGACAUUCGUGCAAACUAUUCAAAGAGGACACCAUACCUCAAGUUUCUCAGAGAACUCCUUUAUUACCUUCUUUACAUUACGUGUAGAAAUGUGUUCCGAACCAUACAGAGGGGAUGGUGGAAGAUUAACGGAACAGCUCGGACACUUUCGAAAAUCCGUGAGGGGAAUAUGUAUAACAAGGCGGCGCAUGUGCAAAAAAUCGUUUGGAGAGGAAAGGCAGACAUCCUGUGUAUCACAAGGUUUAAAGAUUUCAUCAGCGUUCAUGAAAGAUUCGAUGAUCCGAGAUGCAUUUUGGCGGACAACGUCACACUUUACUCGGUCGGCCAUCAUGAAACAACAUUCGUAGAGACUCCUCCUAAAAUGGACAUUCAUCAUUCUAAGAACGCCACCUUCCUCUUCAUGGCGCAAUUUCUCUUCGCAGUGAAAACAAUCACUAUUCCAAACUGGGCAUUCAAGAAGUUAGCAGACGAGGUUGGUGACCCAGCGGCGGAAGUGACGUUUCUUGCCAACACCGGACGUUGUGGUUCCACCAUUUUGUCGCAGAUGUUCGAGGCAUGCCCCGGUGUACUCUCACUGAGCGAGCCCGACGCUUUCACAAACUUCGAUGUCCUGAAACUCGAACUUCCAGAGGACGAGUACAAAAGUCUUCUACGCAGUUCAGUUCGUCUGCUUUGCAAGCCGCAGGCGAAAACAAACAUAAAAUACGUCCUAAUUAAAACGCGGAGUGAAAGCGUCCGCCAUGUUCCUGCGAUAAGCGAGCUCUUCCCAUCUAUCAACCUCCUGUUUAUGUACCGAGACAGGAUGGAAACAGUCCGCUCCAUGGACCACGCUUUCUCCGCCAUCUUGGUCUACUGGCUCCUGUACAUCUUCCAAGCCUCCUCCGUCCUUAGGAAGCUAUUUCCUAAACAAGUCGCGAGGUGUCGAUAUUUCUGUUUCGGGGAUGAAGAAAGCACCUCGUGGAUGCGAAACUCGGACAAACUGUCCAGCUCAAUGACAAUAUUUUAUUACUUAUGCAUGCACCACUGCUGGGUGAUUCGAAAGUACUACGACUUCCAGGAGGAGGGGAUUGAUAUCCCGGCAGUCAAAUAUGAGGAUAUGAUUAGCAGCCCUGCGCGGGCAUGCAAAGCUGUGUUCAACUACUGCGGCCUCCCCGAUAGCUCAAUUCCAAAGGCGGUCAAAGCAAUGGAGAAUGAUUCCCAGCGCGCAUCACCACUCGCCAUUGAUGUCAAGCAGAAACGAAAACGCCAUGACGUCACACCUGAAGUUCUGGAGAUAUGCGAUAAAUUCUGCCAGAGGUCGGGCAUUCCUACUUUCAGUGAGAAUGCGACCCUGCCAAGGACCAUCUCAAUGAUGGAAAAAGUUAUAAAAAAAUCAGACUGAUCAGCUAACCUGCUUCUGUUUAGGUUGGCUAUCAUAUUAUGUUUGUAAGCUAUGUAAAUGAAAGAUUAUGUGUUUGUGAAUGACAUUUGUAUACUUUUAUUCAAAUAAAACAUAAAUUGAAAAACAGAUUUCAUUUUCACAUAGGUCUUUGUCGCAGUAUAAAAGUC